AAAAAACUCAAAGAACCAAUUCUGGUGGUGAUUGAUUAUUUGAUAUGGUAUGGCUGAGAUCGUAGAGCAUCACACCAAGGUUGAGAUCCUUGUACGCACCAUCGGUCCAGCUCGCCCUUCUCGUCUCCAAGUCUCCUCUUCCAUCAGAGUUCUUAAAUUUAGUUGACGCAAUGGAUGAGCUAUGUUACAAGAUAUGCUCUUUUUUUAUAUGACCAGUAUCAAGUGAGUCAAGUCUCUGUUUUGACUUUAGUGACCUGCUCGAGUUUCCUUUCCUUAUUCCAAUAAUCUAUCUCAGCAGGUGCUUGACUUGAGAAAAUUGAUAGCUGAAAAUUAUCAGUUACCAUUAGAGAAGUUGAGGCUUAUUAUGCGAGGCAAUGUCUUGCAUGACAGCAAAAGCGGGCAGGAUGUGAAUCUCCAACUCAAGGAUGGCGAUUCUCUUAUUGUUGCUGUCAAACCAAAGCCACCAGCUAAGCAUCUUAGGGAUGGAUUAGAGGAUGACGACGAUGAAGAUGAUCUGAAGUUUCAGCUUCCCCAAUCAUCAAGCCGGUGGAAGAGGAGAGUUUACGCUGUUCUACAUGAUAAGUUGAAGCUUCCUGAUAUUCUCUUGAUGGCCAUUUUCUCUCUCAGUUUGAAGAUGUGGGUAAUUAUCAUCAUGUGGUUUGUAUUGGCACCUGUGGCCCAUAGAUGGGACAUUGGCCCUUUAUAUAUACUUGGCACCGGUUUUGGUAUCAUUCUUUUGAAUCUAGGACAGCGGAAGCCUGGUGAUGUCAGUGCAUAUUCGAUUUUCAAUGAAGAUUUUAGAGAGCUUCCAGGGACCCUUAAUGCAGAACGUCUUGAUGGGGACAUACGAACAGGUCAGAUUUGAGCCUGGUAUAGACCACUUGGAAUCUCAUCUAUAUGAUUGCCGUGUUUGUCCACCCACAGUAUUGAAGUUUAUGUAUCAAACCACGAACAUGUGCAAGUAUGUUCUUUUAUGCUCUAUAGUGUUUCUGGAUAGAUUGUAAGGUUAGAAGCCUCUCUGUUUACUUACUCCACUGGUAAACUAACAGCAGUAACAACAUUGUAUAUACAAAUUCAAAGUGGAAAUAUCUUCUGUAGAUGACUGAAGAGGUUGGAUCCAUUUUUUGGAAAUAACAUUUAGCUGCUAUAGACCUCU